UAAGACACUCCACGUGGACACACACCUGGCUGCAUGUGUGUGUUUGGGCUACAGGACCCACAGGACUCAUAGAAGUAUGAAUGGAAAUCGUUAGGCCAGAAGAUAUCUGGAUCAUCUGGACAGUGUGACCAGCACGAUUCUUUUGUCCUGAAGAGUUUGUGGAGUUUGCUGUUGUUUAAUUAUAGGUUCUGUAUGACAGAAGUAACUCAGUGAUGGAUGCAUGAAACAUCCAACGGUAGACCACAAUGGUCCAGUGCAGUCUAUAUUGAAUCAGAUGUGAAUUUUACCCUCUAGUGCUUCCUGAUCUUGAGAGGGGACAACCACAAGAGGAGACAGCAGGGGACAAAUACAGCGACAACAGAGCUCUCCAAUACAAGAGACACUAUCAGCACAUUUAACACUAUCACAAAGAGGUGUGAAAAGAAAAGAAAAGAAAAGAAAAGAAAAGAAAAGAAAAAGGCUCUCUUACAGAUGCAUGGUAGUGUGUAGGUGUGAAACUGCCUGGUGCACAUCAAGGACAAUUUCUGGAUUUGCUGUCACUGUUUUUCGACUAAUAAACGGGAAGACGCACGGGGAAAGACUGCGUUUGGUUGCCAUGUCGUUAAAGGAGUGCGUAUACGUCAAAAAACGUGAAGAAGCCAUUUGAAUACAUAAAUCCAGACUUGUGCUUUUAAGGCUUUAUCUAACAAAAUCUGCACUUGCAAGCAUGGCUCUAUGGCCCACCCUUAUCUUCAUUCUCUCUCUGAUUGGCUGCUGCGCUUUUGAGGAGCAACCCAAAGUUACAGCUCUGCCCCCUCCUCGAGGGUGUGGCACUGCAGUCGACCCGCCCUACAGAGUUCUGUGCGACCUGGAGUCUGUUUGGGGCAUAGUUUUAGAGGCCAUAGCAUGUGGUGGUACUGUAUCGGCAUUGAUUUUAAUUGCGAUUCUCCUUGCCAAACUAAAAACGGUAACGGAACCGAAGAAGCGAUGUGGCGUCGGCCCCCUCCUCCUCCUAUUGGCCGGAACGGUGGGUCUUUUCAGUCUAUCGCUGGUUUUCCUGGUGGGGCGUGGCGAGGUACUCUGCGUGGUUCGACGUGGGCUCUGGGGGGCGCUGUUUGCGCUAUGUUUCUCAUGUUUGUUGGUGCAGGGGGUGCGACUGAAGAAGCUAGCCAUGGGAAGGCAGAGCCCAACUGGGAGCUGUCUCGCCGGGGUGGCAUUCGCACUCACCACGGUCCAGGGUGUCAUCGCUGGAGAGUGGCUGUUGCUUACGGUGCUCCGGGAGGGACAUGCAGCAUGUGAUUACCUGCCUUUUGACUUUGUGUUAGUGUGUAGCUAUGCUCUAGCAUUGUUGCUGGUGGCUACUGUGUUGUCGUUGGCCGUUGUGCUGUGCGGAGGCGGCAACAGGGAGGAGUCAAACCGGAAAAGGAUGAAAUGGAGGUGUAAUGGCGUCUGGCUUUUUCUUUCGUGUCUUUCAUCUCUUCUCCUCUGGGUCGCCUGGCUCGGGCUGUAUCUCUAUGGCAACGCUGCCAUCGUGACCAUUGCAAAGGACUGGGAUGAGCCAGCACUGGCAGUUGCCUUGGUGACAGAGGGAUGGGUGCUGUUGUUAUUUCAUGCCAUUCCAGAAGCCCACCUGUGUUUGCGUCCAGCCGCUCAGAGGAAUGCAGACGCGGGGCAAAACUACUACGAUGCCCCUCAGCUUCCAACACUGCAGGGUUACCAUGACGACGAGCGGCCAACCAAUCCCAGAGUUCCAUACACAGACAGUCAGGCGUUCUCUGUAGAGGAGCAUAGUGCAGUUCUGCAGGCUGGAGGUUUUCAUAACGGAUUGAUACGACCUGCUGUGCCAUUUCGCAGUCAUGUUUAUCAACCCACUGAGAUGGCCUUGCUCAUGAAUGCAGGAACGAUCCCAACUGCCCCUCCAAACUUCACAGGGAGGCAUCUGUGGUGAGAAUGUUCGCCGUGGCAAUAACAAUCUCUUCUCCCUCAUGAAGGAGUCACUUUGGGUGACUUAACAGAGUCAAAAGGCACUUUAAUGAGGUUUCAUAUUGAUCAUUUGGAAAUGCUUUUGUUAUAAAAGUUAAAGGUUCUCAAUGUGGGGGUAGGCUAAUUUUGCACAAGGUGUUUAAAAUUGAUGUGUGAAAUUCUUUUCAAUGUUAAAAAUAUUUUCUGCUAAGCCACUUAAAUGUUCAGUCAACUGUAAUAAGUUAACUAUUUGUAGGAAAAGCCCACAAAAAGUGUAAACACUGUGGUGCUAUCAAAACAUUGCUCUAUUUGUUUGAGCAGUCUGACAUUCAAAUUCUGGCUCAGCUAAUAGCAUGAGUUUGGGACGGGACUAUACAGACAAGGGCGGGCCAGAACCUGCAGUAUUUUCGCAAUUUUGUUUAACGCAAAGAAUGAAUCACUUCGGCUGUUAAGUGGCUCACCUUCAAAGCACUUUGGACAAAUGACAGAAAGUGUUGAAAUCAUACACUGAUGAGGGCCUGUAUUUAUUUACAUAAUCAAAGAGAGAAGUGAAUAAAAGAGGGAAAGAGAACAACAGUGUAGGAGUAAAAAAGUGUGUGUGAUACAACGAGAAAGAGUACUAAUUAAUUCCUAGCCUUAUAGUUAAUGCAAAUAUUCCUGCUUUCCACUUUUAAAAAUAUAAUCAGAGUCUAUUACUUUCUAUACCUCUUUAUUUAAAGGGAUAGUUCACCCCAAAAUAAAACUUCUCUCAUAAUUUACUCCCCUUCAUGCCAUCCCAGAUGUGUAUAACUUUCUUUCUUCUGCAGAACACAAACGAAGAUUUUUAGAGAAUAUUUCAGCUCUGUUGGUCCAUACAGUGCAAGUGAAUGGUGACCAAAACUUUGAAUCUCCAAAAAGCACAUAAAUGCAGCAUAAAGGUAAUCUGUGGUUUAGUCAUUUUUUCAACCAAAAAAUUUUUCUGCAUCACUUUUUGGACCUCCAGGCACUACACUGAGCUGAUUUAUGCCCACCAGGGUGCAUCCUCUCGGCCUCAGCCGGUUCGACAGAGGGCCUGGUUCUUACACCCUCUCCCGAAGGUGUGAUAUGAUAGGUGUGGGUGAGAAACAGAUCAAUAUUUAAGUCCUUUUUUACUAUAAAUAUCCACUUUCAUUUUCACAUUCUUCUUUUGCUUUUUGGCCAUUAGCAUUCUUUGUGCAUAUCGCCACCUACUGGUCGGGCCUGGUCAUAGGUGGAGAUUUAUAGUAAAAAAGGACUUAAAUAUUGAUCUGUUUCUCACCCACACCUAUCAUAUCACUUCUGAAGACAUGGAUUAAACCACUGGAGUCUUAUGGAUUACUUUUAAUAUGCCUUUACAUGAUUUUGUGAAUGGGUGAACUAUCCCUUUAAAUAACUAAAUUUGUGUAUUUAAACUUGUAUGAAAUUGUUAAAUUGGUCUCUUUUUAAACUUUUUAAAUUGCAUCUUUUUUGUUUGUUUGAUUGUUUGUUUGUUUUGAUAUAACAAAAAAAUGUGACUCUUUCACCAAACUUUGCACGCUUAUUGACCAUAAUACUUUACACAGUUUAAGGUAUACACAUAGCAUCACUAUUGUAAUGUUUAUGCCAUGUUUGAUCUUGCAACGAAAUACUGUGUUCUUUGAUUUAAUGUUGCUAUAGUGCACAAUGCACAUGUCAAGAACUGCUGGUCUGAAGGUGCUGCAGCUGGUUGAGCAUUUGGAGUGUUCUGAACAGGGUGAGUGGAAAGAUGUGUUUGCAUUUUGCUUUAUCAAGUGGAGAUUUCAUGAUUUGCACAGACUUGAAAUGGUUGUAUU